CUCAUCCCUUCCGCCUUGUGAGGAUUGGCUGGACCAUGUCUGGACUACAGUUUAAAUUCCAGAGGUCUGCAGAUGGAAAUCAGCAGAAGAGAAGAAGGACGAUUAAGCAGCACCUUCUGAACUCAUCCAUAGGCAUUGCCUUGAGCUUCACCAAACGAGUUAGCAUCAGACCUCUGCACCUGAGGAUACACUCCAGAUCCAAGUUUAACAUAAGGGAAUCCAUCACCAUGAAGAUUGCCAUUCUAUGCCUGUGUCUUUUGACCAUCGCCUUUGCCAUGCCAGUCAGUAAGUCAAGACAUCAUGAUGAAUCAUGGAGCUUGGAAAGAAAACAUGACUCCAGGGAGCACCGCCAUCAUGCUCACCCGCACCACCACCACCGCCAUUCUCACAGCCAUGAGGAUGUGAACAGCCAUGAAGAUGUGAACAGCCAUGAUUCACAAGAGCAACAAGUGUCUGCUCAGCUGACCUCUCUGUCUUCUGAAGAAAGUGAUGAGAUCACAGAGCAACAGACCCUUUUGGUAUCUUCCAGUAGAAGCAAGGAAGAUGAUCAUGAUCACAGUGAUGUGGAUGAUGACGACAAUGAUGACAACCACACCGAUUCCGAUGAAUCAGAUGAAUCUCAUGAAGUUGUUACAGAUUUCCCUACUGAUGCGCCUUUUACCCCACCUGUCUCUCCAGAUACCUUUACAGGUAGAGGAGACAGUGCACCUUAUGGAGUAAAGGCCAGAGUUGACCUGGUGCAUUUUGAGAAGUCCAAGAAAGCAUACAAAAAGUCUGGAAAGUUUGACUCCCAUGAUGUUACCGACGAAAUUGACAGCUCACCAGAUGUGGAGAGCCAUGAAUCCUACUCCUCCAAGGACCAUUCUCUGGAGAGUCAUGACACAAACAUAGAAAGUCAUGACACAAGCGUAGAAAGAGAUGAUACAAGCCACCUGAGAGACAGCAAUGAGGUCCUCCGGGCAUCCCGUGCUAAAAGCCUGGAGUACAACAGCCAACAGAAACUUGAGAGUGCCGAGUAUGAUCACGAUGAUGGUGACCACGACACCAGCAAGUUGGCCAUUUCCCUGGAGAGCCAUGAGAGCAGAGAGCAGCUGAAAGACCGCAGCGUAGAACUCAAACAGGUAGACCAUGACGUUGAUGAUGUCAGCAACCAAACUUUGGAAAGCGCUGAGGAUCACCAUAGCGUUGAGGACCAGCACAGCACUGAGUCUAAGCACAGUGUUGAAGAUCAUCGUAGCACUGAGGAUCACCUCAGCAUUGAAGAUCACCACAGUGUUGAAGAUCAUCACAGCAUUGAGGACAAUGAGGUUACCCUGUAGAUGGCUGGAAAGUGGGCCCCACACCUACUUAAGAGCACUCCCUGGGUUUUUGCAUGAAUGGGUGCAGCUAUGAUUGAAGCCCAAAUCCAUCAUGGAUGGAUGGUGGCUUUUGUUUUUAAUUUUUGUUUUGCUGAGUUAGAGGAGAGAGGGAGAGGAUGAGAGGGAGUAAGGGCAAUGCAACUGUUACUUGAAUGUUUCCUCCCAAUUAUAUAUCACACGUCAGAUUAUGAGCUGUAUCAAUUAUCUGCAGUGUUUCGUUAACCAGGCAAACAUAAAACCUAAUCUUGUGCAUGACUACUUGGAAGUAAGUCUCGGUGAUUUCAUAGGGACUUACCCCUAAGAACGCAUGCUUCAGAUUUUAGUCUUAAUUGUACAGUACUAGCGGUUCUGCCCAGUAGAGAAUUGUUAGCCCUUCUUGCUGCAUAUUUCCCUACUCUGUUAUAAAGAAAAGAGAGAGUGAGAGAAAUGUUAGGGAAGGAAAAAAAUCUAGUUUUACACUCAGAGUGAUUGUUAUGUGUCCUAAGAUACUGUAACUUCUAAAAAGUUUAGUGUUGCAAUGUAUAUUUUGUUGAUAAUUGUGAGUUAAAUAAAAAGAAAAAAAUCUUA